AUGGAGGAGCUUGUGAAGCCUAUCUACAAGGGCAAGUCCUUAACUGACGAAGUUAAGACUGUAAAAGAUAAAUGGAACCUAGUUCCUGCCUUUUUAAAAGUGAAAGGCUUGGUUAAACAGCAUCUGGAUUCUUUCAACUAUUUCAUUGAAACAGACAUCAGGAAAAUCGUCAAAGCCAACGAGAAAAUCUUGAGUGACGUUGACCCUGAGUUUUAUUUAAAAUACCUCGACAUUCAUAUUGGACCUCCACAGCGUAAAGAUCUCAACUCGUUCUCGAAUUCCAUCACUCCCCAUGAAUGUCGUCUUCGGGAUCUGACAUACGCCGCACCGAUCUUUGUCGAUGUCGAGUACACACGGGGUAGACAAAUUGUGGUUCACCGUAAUUUAGAAAUUGGACGCAUGCCGAUCAUGUUGAGAAGCUCAAAGUGUGUUUUAAAUGGUAAAUCAGAGGUCGAGAUGGCCGCCAUGAAUGAGUGUCCUCUCGAUCCCGGUGGAUACUUUAUCGUAAACGGAACAGAAAAAGUUAUUUUGGUCCAGGAACAGCUUUCAAAGAACCGUAUCCUAGUUGAGACUGACCAGUCGAAGCAGAUCGUUCAGGCCUCCGUCACCUCAUCGACUCACGAACGUAAAUCCAAGACAUAUGUUUUGUGGAAAAACGGGGCUAUCUACCUUAAGCACAAUUCCGUCUCAGAAGAGAUUCCUAUUGUUCUCAUUCUCAAGGCAGCUGGAAUAGUCACUGACUACGAGAUUAUGGAGCUUGUUUGUGGAGAUAACCCCCAAUACCAGGAGAUUUUUGCGGUCAACUUUGAGAUCUGCGCUAAAAUGGGUGUGCACACCCAGCAUCAAGCGCUCAAGUACCUGGGGACUAAAGUCAAGACGGUUCGUCGUAUGCAUGCCCCCAAACUGACGCCUUUCCAGGAGGGGUUAGAAGCUCUAGCUACCACGAUUGUUGCCCACAUCCCGGUGCAGGUGGACAAAGCAGACUUCCGUGAAAAAUCGUUGUAUUUGGGCAUAAUGACCCGCCGGGUGGUUAUGGCCAUUGCCGAUCCCACUAUGGUUGACGACCGUGAUUAUGUCGGGAACAAGCGUCUUGAGCUUGCUGGCCAACUCAUGUCGCUUUUGUUCGAGGACUUGUUUAAGAAGUUCAAUACCGACUUCAAGGCUAAUAUUGACAAGGUCUUGAAAAAGCCAAACCGUACCAACGAGUUUGAUGCGUUAUUGAGCAUCACUAUCCACAGCUCCAAUAUCACUAUGGGUAUGAACCGCGCCAUUUCAACGGGCAACUGGUCGCUUAAACGUUUCAAAAUGGAGCGUGCUGGUGUCACUCAUGUUCUUUCUCGCUUGUCGUACAUUUCGGCUUUGGGAAUGAUGACCCGAAUCUCUUCACAAUUCGAAAAAUCACGUAAAGUAUCGGGCCCUCGUGCGCUUCAGCCCUCGCAAUUCGGCAUGCUGUGUACCUCAGAUACACCUGAAGGAGAAGCUUGUGGUUUGGUAAAGAACCUAGCUUUGAUGACCCAUAUCACAACCGACGUGGAGCCGGAACCGAUAGCCAGAGCAUGUUUACAGCUGGGUAUGGAGGAAGUGGGCAUGAUUGAUGCAAGUGCUUUCCACGCACCACAUGUAUUUGGUAUCUACCUCAAUGGUACACCAAUUGGUGUCACACGUCACCAGAAGCGGUUUGUUGCCAAUUUCCGCCGUCUACGUCGUACAAAGCGCAUUUCCGAGUUUAUCAGCAUCUACUGUAACUUUCACCACAACGCGAUCCAUAUUGCUACUGAUGGCGGUCGCAUUUGCCGGCCUCUAAUCAUUGUUGAGAAUGGAAAGUCACUUCUUGAAGAUGAACAUGUCGCCAAACUGAUCGCAGGUGAUCUGUCGUUCGACGACAUGCUCCACCUUGGCAUUGUUGAGUACCUGGACUGUAACGAGGAGAACGACAGUUUUAUUGCACUCUAUGAGCGUGACAUCUGUGCUGAUACCACGCAUCUCGAAAUUGAACCUUUCACGGUGCUUGGUGCAGUUGCUGGGCUGAUCCCUUAUCCCCACCAUAACCAGUCCCCUCGUAACACUUAUCAAUGUGCUAUGGGUAAACAAGCUAUUGGUGCUAUUGCAUACAACCAGUUCAGUCGUAUUGACACGUUGCUUUAUUUGAUGGUUUAUCCUCAACAGCCCAUGGUAAAGACAAAGACCAUCGAGUUGAUUGACUAUGACAAGCUGCCUGCCGGACAGAAUGCCAUUGUUGCUGUCAUGAGUUAUUCAGGUUACGAUAUUGAAGAUGCACUUGUUUUGAACAAGUCUUCUAUUGAUAGAGGCUUUGGUCGGUGCCAGGUAAUGAAAAAGGCUACUGCUGUGCUGAAGCGCUACCCGAACCAAACUUCUGAUCGUUUGGAAGGUAUCAAGUUUGACAGCUACAAGCAGAGAGAAGGCGAGCCGCCGGUUCCAGUCUACCCCCACAAGGUUCUAGGACCAGACGGGUUGGCUGAAGUCGGAGCUCGCAUUGACAACGGCCAAGUUUAUAUCAACAAAGCUGUGCCUAUGGCAGGUGACGACAAAAUGCUCGGUGAGAAUGCUAACAAUCAAAUUCUCGAUUUCCGGGAAACCCCGGUCACAUACAAGGGGCCCGAGCCUUCCUAUAUCGACAAGGUGAUGCUUUCGUCAAGUGAGAGUGAGCAGCCCCUCAUCAAAGUGUUGCUCCGCCAGACCCGCCGACCGGAGAUUGGUGACAAAUUCUCGUCUCGACACGGACAAAAAGGUGUGUGUGGUAUUAUUGUUCAGCAAGAAGAUCUGCCGUUCGAUGAUCAAGGCAUUUGCCCCGAUAUCAUUAUGAACCCCCACGGUUUCCCCUCGCGUAUGACUGUGGGUAAAAUGAUUGAAAUGGUUAGCGGCAAGGCCGGUAUUCUUAGCGGAGACCUGCAGUACGGAACCUGCUUUGGCGGCUCCAAACUAGCCGACAUGUCCCAGAUUCUUAUUGACCACGGCUACAACUACUCUGGCAAAGACAUGCUGUACUCUGGCAUCACUGGUGAGCCGCUGGAAGCGUACAUCUUCUUUGGCCCCAUCUACUAUCAAAAACUCAAGCAUAUGGUCAUGGACAAAAUGCAUGCCCGGCCACGCGGUCCCCGAGCGGUGCUGACCCGUCAACCGACAGAGGGUCGGUCGCGCGACGGUGGUCUGCGUCUGGGCGAAAUGGAGCGCGACUGCGUUAUUGCCUACGGUGCGUCGCAGCUCCUGCUUGAGCGUCUCAUGCUGUCCUCUGACGUCUUCGAGGUCGAUGUUUGCCAGAAAUGCGGGCUCAUGGGCUCGAACUCUUUCUGCGCCGUCUGCGAGAGCAGCGAGCACCUGGUCACACUGAAAAUACCGUAUGCGGCCAAGCUGCUGUUCCAGGAACUAAUGGCUAUGAAUAUUGCACCUCGUUUAGAACUCAGCGAUCAGUUUUAG